UGGGGACAAGGUUGCCCCAUGCCCAUGAAAAGCCGAGAGAAAUUAUUCGCAUUGUUUUUUAUGCCUUGCUCAAGUUGCUCUGGGACUGCGAGACCAUCCUCCAGGGAAAUGCGUAUAUAGGAGUUCCCAAAACAGCUUUUGGAUUUAUGCAGAAAAUAAUUAAUUCGCAUAAAUUAAAAUUAACUUUUGGCGGGAUCUUGGUUAUAAAACGUAACGAAGGAGGGUGAGGGGAAAUAAAUAGGAACAAGAAGCACUGCGCGCGUUUUAUUUGUUCUCUCUUUUUUGCAAUGGUUUCUUCUAGGAAUUCGGGAAGAAAGCGUUCUGCCAGCUUAUCUACAGGCGAUGACGACUUCUCUGGUCUUCAAGUUGAAAGCAUUUCUGGAGCUGCAGAAAAUGGAUUAAAACAUCACACAGAUGAAUAUGAAAGUGAUGCAUUAGUUAUUCGCAGAGGUCAAAGUUUUUCCUUGGAAAUCCAGUUAAAGUCACCUCAUAAGCCAGAAAAUAACUUUAUUGUGCAGCUGGAAACUGGUAAGAAACCAAAGAAAAGAUCCAGAACCUUAUUGAUUGCAGAGUUGAAAACAGAACAUGAUGAUAAGAAUGACUGCUAUUACCAGAUCACACAACAAAAAGAUAACAUGCUUCAUAUUGAUGUCAACAUUCCUUCAAAUGCACUUGUCUCUCAGUAUAAAAUGGUCCUUGUUGCAACUGUUAAAGAAAAAAGCAAAAAAAGAACUAAAGAAUUUGUCUUUCCAAAGGAUGUGUUCAUUUUAUUCAACUCAUGGUGUGAAGAUGAUGAGGUGUACAUGGAAAAUGAAGAUUUAAAAAAAGAAUAUGUUUUAAACGACUCUGGAUAUGUAUAUUGGUCUGGAAGAAGAGCUAAACCAUGGUUCUUUGGACAGUUUACAGAUACUGUUUUGAGAUGCACAUUCAAGUUACUGAUGUCAACAUAUCCCUCCAGACGCGACACAGCCAGAGAAGUUGCCAGGCAUAUGUCUGCCCGUGCCAACAGCUUUGAUAACAAUGGUCUUCUCGAAGGAAAUUGGUCUGGUAAAUAUGACGGAGGUGUGAAACCUUGGGAAUGGAAUGGAAGUGUAAAGAUUUGUAGACAGUAUUUAACCACUGGUGAACCAGUCAAGUUUGGUCAAUGUUGGGUCUUUUCUGGACUGGUUACCUCGUUGAUGCGAUGUUUGGGCGUACCUUCAAGAAGUGUUACAAACUACGACUCGGCGCACGAUACAGACAAUAACUGCACGUUUGAUAAAUAUUUUGACAAAGACAUGAAUUACCUUGAUGAAGAAUCUGAUGAUUCUUGUUGGAAUUUCCAUGUAUGGAAUGAUGUGUGGAUGACACGAUUGGAUCUCCCUGAAGGUUUUGGAGGGUGGCAAGCCAUUGAUGGAACACCUCAGGAAGAGAGUGAAAAUAUCUACCGAUGUGGCCCAGCCUCUUUGUUAGCUAUAAAGGAAGGAAACGUUCACUAUGGCUUCGAUACCAGAUUUGUUUUUGCUGAGGUAAAUGCUGAGAAGGUGUAUUGGCAACGUGAUGACGAAGAGGAUGAUUGGGUUCCUGUUCGAUUUAAGAAAGACAGCGUUGGUCAUUUUAUCAGUACAAAGAAACCCAAUGAACCAUGGCGAGAGGACAUCACAGACCAGUACAAAUAUAAAGACGGUUCUUUACUCGAACGAGCGGCUGUGUAUAACGCUUUGAAAAGAUCAAAAAAUCCUGCCCUUCGAAAACAACCAAGUGAUGUCAAAUUUAAGUCUACACUCCCUCGAGAGGUGUCAUGCGAUGCAGGCGUUGACUUUGUUGUUAACGCUAAGAAUAACUCCUCACGGGAAUUGGAGAUUGACACAGUUGUCACUGCGCAAUUGGUUCGCUACAAUGGUGUCUCGCUGAAGAAGUUGGAAAAACAAAGUUUGAGAAAGACAGUAGCGCCGAAUGGAGAUGUUGACUUCAAAUUUCACUACGAUCCUGUGGAGUAUCGUGAGGAUGUGGAUGAAAAUGUUACAAUCAGAUUGUCUUAUAUGUCACGUGUUGUGCAAACCAAACAGAUUUAUGUGAGCCAGAAAACGUGCGACAUUAACAAACCUGAACUUCAAGUUUCCUUGGUCUCUGAAGACAAGAAGAUUAAGCCUGGUGAUGAGGUUGCAGUGAAUAUUGUGAUUCCUUCAGCCUGCAAUAUUUUAAAGUAUUCCAACUGCAAAAUUGAAUUAGAUGGUCCCUUACUUGCCGAGGAGCAGAUUUUCAAUUUAAAUGGCUGUGUGUCAGACGGAAGUGCCAAGGUUGAGAAGAAAUUUGUUGUGAAGAAAAACAUAAAAAAGUCGAGAUCGUUAGAGUUAAUUGUAACAUUUAACUCGAAAGAAUUAAGCGGAAUAACUGGAACAAUCGACGUUUCGGUUGUUGUGUAAGAUUUAAACAUUUGUGCGAUUUAUUUGUCUAACUACCUUUUACUAUGUGGUAGCCUACGAGAUAAUACUUUUUAUGAGUUUACAUUCAUGUGAAUAUACACCCACAUCCAAUUUGUAGUAUCAUUAAAGAUAUCGUGGUAAAUUUCCUACGCUCUUAACGCGGAAACCAGUAGACCACAAUAUAUCAAAUUUCCAAUUUACAACCUCCUACAUCAGUGCAUUUUGAUGGAACGUUACCAUUUUUUAUACUGAAAACAGCUUUCUUAGAAAAAAACAUUGUAUUUAUAUAAUUUUUCUCUUUAUAGUGUAGUUGCAGUCAAAAAUAAAUUUUCGUGUCAUAGUACGCGACUAUAAAUCA